UUCAAAAAGAGCCCACCAAAGGUCCCAUACAAAGCCAUUGCACUGGCCACCUUCCUCUUCUUGAUUGGCUCUCUUUUGAUCACCAUUGGAGCCCUCCUAUUGGCAGGAUACUUUGAAGUCACAGUGAGUAUGAAUGUUGAGAGUCCAUCUGUACAUUCCUGUCAUGUUUCACAACAGCACAACAAAUAGAUUUCACAUACUUAGCUUUGACACAUUCCAAUGUGUUUCUUAGAUCUAGAUUUUUUUCCGGACUGUGCCAGUUCUCAUCAUUGAAAUCCUGGUUUUCCUUCCAGGAUUCUAUCACAUGCGGAUAGCUUACUAUGCAUCGAAGGGCUACUGU